AUGAUCGUAAAACAGUUGUCUACCUCCUCUUGUUCCAUAAAGGAAGAUGAUGAGGAAAAUCUUAAAAUGAAUAUGAAAGAAUUGGAAGAAGAUGAAGAAAUGGAAGGCGAUGAUGAACUGGAAGAUGAAGAAGAUGAACUUGUUGAUGAAGACGUUGAUAGCGAUGAGAAUUUACAUGUAGAUGAGGACGAUGAAGAAAUGAUGGAUGGAGCAGAAAUGCUUUGUAGUGAUACAUCAAGCUCUGAAGGCUCAUCACCACAGAGAACUUCUAUCGCCAGCACUUCUCCUAUUCAGUUGGGUUCUCAAUCAGACAGUCCUCGCAGCUCAGCAGAGUCAUCGACUUCAGCCGUGUCCAGCCACAGCGUCACAGGACCUAAUACAAUUGAAAAGCGACAUGUUUGUGAAAUGUGCGGAAAGGCUUUUCCUUAUUUAUCGAUUCUUGAAUCACACAAACGCUGUCAUACAGGAGAGAAACCAUUUAGUUGUCAUUACUGCGAGAAGAAAUUCGCCCAGAAAGCAACUUUACAAGUACAUGAACGUACUCACACAGGAGAGAAACCUUACAAAUGUCGUUACUGUGAAAAAACUUUUGCCCAAUACGGCACAAAGACUGUUCAUGAAAAGAGUGCUCAUCUAGGUAUUCGUAACUAUCAAUGUCCUAAAUGCUUCAAAUGUUUAUCUUCUCCAUCAGCUUUAUAUACCCACAAGAAGACUCAUGGAGAUAAAGCUUUCAAGUGUUCAAAAUGCCCCAAGACGUUUACUUUGAAAAACUAUUUGAAAUUACAUGUCAAACAAGUUCACGAACAGACUGAACGGAAACAUUUGUGUAGUUUUUGCAACAGGCGUUUUGCUUACGCCGGUAGCUUACAAAUUCAUGUUCGAACUCAUACUGGUGAACGUCCAUAUCAUUGCCGUUAUUGUAUCAAAAAGUUUGCAAGUCAGGGGAAUUUACAAUCACAUGAACGAACUCACACGGGUGAACGUCCUUACAUGUGUGGCACUUGUGGCAAGAGCUUCAUACAGAAAUCCCAGUUAACUGCUCAUGAAGCUACUCACGGCAGUAACGUUUCGGCUUCAUCAAAUCGACAGUUAUCUUCUUCCGCAUCAUCUGUUCGUUCAAACUCAUCAGUUUGUUCGGAAGAGCACAUUGAUGUUUGUGGAGGCACAACAUCAACGGUCAUGUCCUCAUCUCCAUCAUCAACUUCCUCCGCUUCUUCAUCAAGCAUCGCGAGCCCGACAAACAACAACAAUGCUCAACAUUUGAAUAAUAACUUGAAGAGCGAAGAAAAGGCGAAAAAGCCAGAAUAUGUUUGCAAAUUCUGUGGUCAACGAUAUCCAUACGCCAGCAGCUUAUCCUGCCACAUGAGAUUGCAUACCGGGGAGAAGCCAUUUAGUUGUAAGUAUUGUGAGAAAACUUUCCCUAACCAAGGAAAUAUGUUAGCUCAUUUACGCGUUCAUACGGGAGAGAAACCGUAUUCUUGCAUUGGCUGCGGUAAAAGUUAUGUGCAGAAAGUCGGAUUGAAAAUCCAUGUCGAGCAGUGUCAGUCUUACCUUGAGCAGCUGCAAGAGGGACCCAUCAACGUUGAUACUGAUUCAGAUGCAUCAACUGAUGACAAAAAGAAUAUUGUUAACGAAAAUUUGUCAGCUUCGCAUCCAUUCUUACCCGUCAUGAGCAACCAAAGCCAUGUCUCGGUGGAUAGCAUGAACUUGAUCGGAGACUUAACAAACCAUCACAACCUUCAUCACAUGAACGUGCGACCAUUUCAUCAAGCGAACAAUUUCACUUCAGACAUUAAGUCGAUUACAAACGACUUUGGUCCUUUAACGGCUACUAAAGCUCCAAUGCUCAAUGAUGUUCUUAUGCCAGAGUCUCUAUCUUCAGCAUUUUCUGUGGUGCCGAUUAAACAACAACAAACAGCUGAAGCUCUUCAAGCUGCAGUAGCUCAACCAACAGCUCAAAAUCCUUUAGCGUCCCUCUUACUCAAAAGUCUUUUGUGUAAUCAAAAUGAUCUUUUACAACAAUCAACUUUAUCACAACAACUUCUGAACACACAGCUUCUUCUGAACCAAUUGAACUCGGCUGUAGCUGUUUCUUCAGCAACACCAACUCCCACGGUUACUGUUCCAACUCCUGUUCCACAGAGUUCGGCUGAUUUAAGUCAGCUUCUAUCAUUAGCUGCUGGUCUUCAAACUUCAGCCCCAUCUUUAACAACUACCUUGCCAGCUCCUCAGCCGAUAGGCACAGCUCAACCGACCCUUUUCUCUAAUUUCUUCGGAAACAACCUUUUAACAUCAAUGCCUCCUCUCCAAUCUCAGUAUGAGAUAAAGGCCGAGACGAUGUUAGUCUAA